AUGUCUAAACGACCUAGCUCACCAUCUGGCUCGCGAUCCGACCCCGCAAAGAAGACCACGCGGACACUGCUGGAUUUCUUUGGCAAAGCUCCCGCCACUGCAGUAACAUCAUCGACGCCAAAUAAACUCGACGCGACGAAGUCCAUGUCUUCAACACCUCCAAAGCCGAAGGAGUCGAAGGGAGCAGCAAAUCCUACGCGGAGGAGCGAAUCUAUGCCCGAGGUCGCACUUCGUGAGCCUAGGCCUGAACGUGAUGACCCGCGCUCGCGUCGUAAACGCAUCGCGGAGGAGACACUCGCCGCCAUCGACGCCGGUGUUGUGGAAUUGCCUGGUGGCGCGACACAUCCACUCGGUCCACAGCUCGCGAAAUGCAUACAACAUACCCGAUAUUACCCGCCCGACUCUUCCCUCGCGGACUGGAAUGAAUCUAGACCGACAACCCAAUCAACCUCAACGCCGACCAUAAUCGAGUUGACAACUCUAGAGGGCGCACGUCUAUUGCUAUCCGAAGGCUGCCCCCGCGUCGGAAUCCUCAACUUCGCAUCUGCGACCAAAGUCGGCGGAGGCUUCCGUUCAGGCGCGCAAGCCCAAGAAGAGUCCAUCGCGCGAUCAUCCACGCUCUCGUGCUCAUUAGAGUGCUCGGAAGCCGAACGUUUCUACAAGUUACACUCGCGGGACAAACGUGGCGGGUACUACACGCACGCCAUGAUCUUCUCACCUGGCGUCACCGUCUUCCGUGACGACAGCGGCGGCUGGAUCGAUCCGUACGACGUGGACGUGCUCACGAGUCCUGCGGUCAACGCGGGAGAUGUUCAUACGAAGCUGCAGAAGAAGGGCUGGAGUGCUGCGUUGGAGGCUGAGACGCAGAAGGAGAUUGAACGCGUCAUGCGAGAACGUAUGGCUCGCAUACUCUAUCUCUUCGAGCGCCAAGGCGUGAAGAACAUCGUGCUGGGCAGCUUCGGAACAGGGGUGUUCCGCAACGACGUAGGUUUCGUUGCUCGCACAUGGCGUGCGUUGUUAGUUGGCGAUGACGCGCCGUUACGAGCGUCGUUCGAUCGUGUACUGUUCGCGAUUGUGGGCACAGGGACGUAUAACACGUUUGUUGAUGUUCUCGACGAGAAAUGA